UGCAUGUUGUUGUUAACACGCACGCACACAAUCAAACACGAAUAAUAGAACAAAGUCAUGCUGCGUGGAAAGACGUUUAGAAAAUGCAAAUAUUAGUGUUGCCUGUGUAUCGGAGUUGGAGAUCACAUCUUCACCUUCACGUCUGCUUUCACCGGGGGGUCUCGAACGUGUGUGUGAUUGGCUGCAAGGCCACACGGGGAACAAACCCACUAAUUCCCCUUCAGUCACCUCCAACCAUGCUUUAUUGUUGAGUAGCCUAGUGUAGUUUCCACAUUCUUUCAACACAUUUCAUUGAAAGGAUUAGCUGCACACGUGUAGUUAGGUUACAACUCCAAUACUGUACUCUGGUUUUGAUUACUCGAGUAAAGUUUGACUAAGAUUCAGUGGGACAAUUUAGACAUGUACUAAGGAAGUGAUGAGGAACGUCAUUUUUUUGCUGGGAUAGAGUUUUUGAUUGGACUAAAAGCAAUAUUAAUCCUACAAAGACUAACAAUAAAAGCAGUGUGUAAAAAUAUGACACAAAAAAAACAAGUAGGCUUAUUGGACAAGCGGCAUCGAAAAUGGAUGGAUGGAUGGAUGGUUGAUUUAAGUUUUGAUGACUGGGUUAUCUUUCAAAAUCAAUAGGGUUCUUGAUUUGACACACUGCAAAAGUUUGAUGAGUUGAGGAUUUAGUGACAAAUGCCACAGGUAGGAGAUAGGUGAUGCAUGGUCUCAGUUUACUUCCGGUGGUAUGUCAUUCAAAACCAAUAGGUUUCUAGAUCUGACGCAACAAUACUUCUAUGACGUUUAAGAAAGACUUAGUGGAACAAUUUAACUAGUACAAGUGAGGUGAUGAACAUGUACUGCUUUUACCUUUGAGCUCUUGGCUGGGUUGUCUUUCAAAAUCAGUAGAGUUCAUUAUUAUAUUAUUGACAGAUAGAUAAGACUGAAAAAGACUCCCAGUGGAUGAUUAGUUGACAUCGGUCCAGAUUCACGCUCCUGAAGAUCUUCUAGUGUCUUUGUUGUAUACAAUUCAAAAUCAAUUGGGUUCUUUCUCAGACACAAAUGUGAAGGAAAUCCUGACUGUGACACUGCAGUGUACUCUUUCAUUACACUUGAUGAACUACACUUCUAUUUUAACAGUUCUUUUAUCCUGUGUGGUACAUUGUGGUUGUCUACCACCAUGUAUUUGUAAGUGGACUAUGUAAAGCAGGGGUUCUCAAAUGGUCUCAAUCUGGGACUCACAUUUUCCAAUGGUCAUUAAACCGCGACCCACUUUUAUUUAAGUCAUUAUUAUUUUUAUCUAUUUUUAUUUUUUACAUUUUUUAAAUUUCACUCACGACCACAAAAUCAGAUAUUUCACUUUUACCAAUGUCACUAAAAUAGUCCUCAAUUUUACUUGAAAAUAAAAAUGUUAAAAAGUCAGACAUUGGUUGGCUAUUGCAUACUUUGUCAUUUUCGACAUGCUGUCUGUGACCCAUCCAGAAAAGAUCCGCGACCCUCUUUUGGGUCUCAACCCACAAGUUGAGAACCACUGAAAAGCCAUACAUUCAGACUGUGCAGGUGUACCUAAUGUUAUGUCCAGUGAGUGGCUGAGGGGGUGUAUGGGCUGAGAAAAGCAAAGAAAGGUACAGACAGUCGGGCAUGGAUCUUAGAGGGAAGCAAACAUUCCUGACUCGCUGCCUCAGCAAUUUAAUUAAGGUUUUUUUUGGGGAGAUGCUGUGAGGUGAACCCCUCACCCCCCGCCCCACCCUUUGGUCCCAGCUUGGACUAAUCCUGACGGGGUCAUCUCAUAAGUGCUGAGGGGGGUCACAGCACCAUGACAACUAAAGCUGCCCAAUCAGGGAGUUAAUAAGGCAAGUAAGGAAGUUAAAAGGUAGAAGGUGAAGACGAUGCUUGUCUCAUUUAGUGUGUGUGUGUGUGUGUGUGUGUGUGUGUGUGUGUGUGUGUGUGUGUGUGAGAGAGAGAGAGAGAGAGAGAGAUUAGAAUCUUCAUCGUCCACACGAAGUAAAAUCCUCCUUCUCUUAGUGGCCUUUAAGUGUGGCCCAUGGGGAUCUGAUGCGACACACACAUACAGUCAAUAUAAACACAUCAUUUUCAUAAUGUUACAACUUUUUCUUAAAAAAAACAAAAAAAAACUACUUUAUUCUCUGGAGAUUUCUACCUUUCUCGCCUAGAUUGCGAACACAUUCUAAAAACUUCAACUUUUCACUCCUAGCAGUAAAACUCCACAUUAUUCUUGUAACAUUAGUACUUUUUUUUGUAUUAGUACAAUUUUAUCUUGAUAACACUAGAGCCUUUUUCUUAAGAUAUGACUAUUUUAAUUACGUUAACUUUCUGAUAAGGUAAGACUUUUGGUGUAGUUUACAAAAUAUUACUUUUUCAACAAUAAAAACCCUCAAAUCAGUGUAAAAUUACUACUUUUUUGUAGUUUUGCAACUUCAUCUUCAUAAUACAACUUUUUUAAAGAAAAUUUGACUUUAACAUUGCAACUUUUCUUGUAGUACAAGUAUUUAUAUAACAUAGUAUUACGACCUUAUUUUUCUAAUAUUAUGACUUUUAUCUUUGAACAAUAUGACUGUAUUCCAUCCAUCAGUCUUCUACCGCUUAUCCAAGAUAGGGUCACGGGGACAGCAGCCUAAGCAGGGAAGCCCAGACUUCCCUCUCCCCGGCCACUUCGUCCAGCUCCUCCCGGAAGAUCCCGAGGCGUUCCCAAGCCAGUUGAGAGACUCUCCAAUGUGUCCUGGGUCUUUCUCAAGGCCUCCUACCAGUUGGACAUGCCCUGAACACCUCCCCAGGGAGGCGACCGGGAGGCAUCCUUAACAGAUACCCAAGCCACCACAUCUGCCUCCUCUCAAUGUGGAGGAGCAGCGGUUCUACUCCCGAGUUUCUUCCAGUUGACAGUGCUUCUCACCUUAUCUCUAAUGGAGAGCCCAGCCACCCUACGGAGAAAACUCAUUUUGGCUGCUUGCACCUGCAUUCUUGAUCUUUCGGCCACUACCCAAACCGCAUGACAAUAGGUGAGGGCAGAAACGUAGAUUGACUGGUAAAUUGAGAGCUCUGCCUUUUGGCUUAGCUCCCUCUUCACCACAACCGACCGAUGCAGAGUCCGCAUCACUGCAGACGCUGCACCAAUUUGUCUGUCGAUCUCAAACUCCAUCCUUCCCUCACUCGUGAACAAGACACAGAGGUACUUAAACUCCUCCACUUGGGGCAAGAGCUCAUUCCCGACCCGAAGAUGAUACUCCACACUUUUCCGGGUGAGAACCAUGCACUCUGACUUGGAGGUGCUGAUUUUCAUCGCGGCCGCUUCACACUCGGCAGCGAACUGAUCCAGUGAGAGUUGAAGAUCACGGCUCGUUCAAGCCAGCGGGUCCACAUAAAGCAGAGACCCAAUCCUGCAGCCACCAAACUGGAACCCAUCAACGCCCUCGCUAAACCUAGAAAUUCUGUCGAUAAAUGUAAUGAACAGAUGAACCAGGCAACAAAGGGCAGCCCUGGGGCAUUCCAAGCCUCACUGGAAACGGCAGACUUAUUGCCGGCAAUGCGAACCAUACUAUGACACGCAGCGUCAUACAGCGAACGAACAGCCUGAAUUAGGUCUUCUGGGACCCCAUAUUCCCUGAGUAGUCCCCACAGAAUUCCUCGAGGAACACGGUCAAAUGCCUUUUCCAAGUCCAUAAAACACAUGUUGACUGGUUGGGCAAACCCCCAUGCACCCUCAAGAACCCUGCCGAGAGUUUAGAGCUGGUCCACAGUUCCACGACCAGGACGAACACCACACAGCUCCUCCUGAAUCAAAGAUUCAACUAUCCGGCAGAUCCUCUUCUCCAGAACCCCUGAAUAGACUUUACUAGAAAGGCUGAGAAGUGUGAUCCGACAGAACAAGGGGUGUAACGUUUCGUUUUAAGAACGAUUAGAUUUGUAUCAUGAUUUAUGGUACCAACAGGAUUCAGGGACGAUAUUAGUUCAUUUAGAAUGAUACGAUCCUAAACGAUUCAGUAACUUUAAAUUGAUUCAGUAACUUUUUUGCCAAAAAUUCAACCAGUGCGACUUUGAAACAAAUACCUGGAUGAUGCCGUCACUGCUGCUGGACCGUAAACUACCUUCUAGAGGCGUACAAAAUGUCCUUACUUUGCAUAUUGUCCCCAUAAAGCAGUUUCAAACAAGACCAGGGGAGUUAAAUAUGAAUACUGAAUAAAGUGAAUGAACCUUACCAAAAGAAGAAGCAAAUCAACUGUAUUUCACAGGUCCACUACAGCUUCCAUGACCAUAUUUAUAGGAAUAUAAAUCAAUGCAUCGAUAUAGUGAAUGAAUCUUUACACCCCUAGUUGGAACACACCCCUUAAGAAGGGGGACCGCCACCCCUCUCUGCCAGUCCAGAGGCACCGCCCCGGAUGUCUGCGAUGCUGCAGAGUUGCGUCAACCAAGACACGCCCAGAGCAUCCAGGGUCAGAGUUUGACAACCUUAGCAACCUCAGCCCCAGAGAUAGGAGAGCCCACCAUGGAGUCCCCAGGCACUGCUUUCUCAUUGGAAGACGUGUAUAUGACUAUAUUAUAUUAAAAUGUUUUUGUUGAAUAACAUGACUGCUAAACAGUGAUUUCAUGUUUCAUUCAAACUGCCACUUAUUUCCAUGUUAGAAUUCAUUAUUAUGGUUAAGAAGUGCUGAUAUUGGCCCCCUUGUAGACUUGAUAAUGUUGUUUGCAUGGUGGCUUUCGGGCUAUGGCUAAACGUGGUUUCAGUUUUCAGGCUCAGGUUCCACGUUUACAUGUCGUCCUGACACCACAGGAAUUCUACAUUGACUGGCCUGAGCCUCUGCACGCUCACCAGAGGGGAACCUCUUUCUUUCUUUCUCUUAGAACUCGACCCCUAUGCCUCCUCCCUCCAAGGGCGGCUUGAGGCCUCGACACUCCUUUUGUAAGCCAUGAAGUGUGUCUAGUUCCAGGCCUGGAAUUACCAUGUUGCCUCACCUCCUCCUACUCUUCCUCGCCUUCUCUCUGGUUUCAUCCUUCGAGUGCCCAGCAGAUUGUUCUUGUCAAAGCCAGAGCACAAUAUUUUGCAUCAAUCGACGAUCCAACACGGUUCCCCGUGUCCCAGCCAGCACGGUGAAUCUCUACAUCUUUCAAAAUGGCAUCAACGCUUUGACCCAAAAUGACUUCACAGGUCUGGUGGAGUUGGAUAUGAUCGAUCUGAGCCAGAAUGAGCUGGGAGAGGUUCCGGAUGGUGUAUUCAAGAUGCUGUCGAAGCUUAAGAACUUGGAUUUGUCCUCUAAUGUCAUUACUCACAUUUUCAAAGACAGCUUUUCUGGGUUGGUCCAGCUGGAGAGACUGUAUCUUCAUCAGAAUCUCAUCCAGAGCAUCCACCCUGAAGCUUUUCAAGGUUUAGAAAUGCUACUGGAACUCAAGCUCCAAGGGAACAAACUCACCUCCUUGCCAUCCCUUCAGUUACCCCGACUUCUGCUUCUUGACCUCAGUUACAAUAACAUCCCAAACUUGGGUGUUUCAGACCUCCAGACUCCUCACUUGGAAGCCCUUAAAAUGGCUUCUCUUGGGCUUGCCUCUCUGGAUGAUGACCUCAUCGCCUCCCUGGGAAACCUCCAUGAGCUCGACAUCUCCAUGAACCAGAUUGCAGAGGUUCCCCAUGCACUUAAGCAGGACUCCCUCAAGGGUUUGAUCAAGCUCAACCUGGCUGCCAAUCAAUUGGGUGAGCUCAGAAAAGAGGACUUUCAGAAACUCAUUGGGCUCCAAGAAUUGGACCUCAGUGGUGUUAAUCUUCAGGGAUUUCCCCAAGACUUUUUCCAGUCUUUCCCCAGGCUGACAUAUCUGGCAGCAGCUGAGAACCCAUUCAACUGUUUGUGUCCACUAGCGUGGUUUCCAGGGUGGCUGCACGAGAAAACUGUUAAUCUGUUGAGGCCUGAAGAGACCAGGUGCCACUUUCCUCCAACUAAUGCUGGUAAGAGACUUUCAGCACUGGAGCACAAGGAUUUUGGAUGUCCACCAGCCACAACUUUUCUGAUAAAGUCUCCCAGUGGGAGUACUGCUGCUCCUCAGGUUCCUACCACAUCCCCAGAAACAACCCAUACCAAUGCUAUACUCCCUCCUCCACCACCAAGUGGACAAACCCUGGACUCAAAGACAGACAUACUACCAUCAGAAUCUCCUGCGUCCCCAAGCUCCACAAGUGGUGAAUAUGAGCAGCACAUCUGUCCAGCAAACAUAUGUCUAAAUGGGGGCACUUGUAAUUUUGACCCAAUGGGACAACUGGGCUGCUUGUGUCCUUCAGGAACAUCUGGACUCUAUUGUGAAAACACUGACAAUGUUCCUGAGCCACCAAAACCUUCAGCAACGGAGAUGUCCAUGGCAGCCCCCACAAUUCUUGCAAAACUCAAUGCCAUCAGCUCACGCCAGGUGACCUCCACAUCUAUCCUUCUUGACCUGCACCGGUUUAUCAAAACACGGCCGAACAUUCGCGGCAUCAGGCUGACUUAUCGGAAUCUCUCAGGCCCUGACCGCCGUCCCAUCAUAUUGAGUGUUCCGGCAUCCUACCCCGAGUACACCCUGCGUGGACUGAUACCCAACUGUACCUACUCAGUCUGCGCCAGUCCCCUUGGUGAGAGAAUGAACUCCAGGGCUAAUAGUUCAGUAGAAACGGGGUCUUGUACAGAAGCUCAUACUGCUGGGGUUCCACUUACAUCCUUAGAACCUAGAGUGGAGACACAGAGCUCACUCACAUAUACUCUCAUACCCGCCGUUGCUGCUCUGGCGCUGGUGCUGGUCUUGGCUUUGGUGGCAGGUAUGAUCAUCUGUCUCAGGAAGAAAAGUCAGAGCAAGGCGGGGAUGGAGCUGGAACUGGGUCCUGCAGAUCCUGACGACCCGACAGAAGUUGAGGGCAUCAAGGUGUGUCCGGAAAAUGGGGGAAACGGGACACUACCCCAUAAACAAGCGGAGCUCGACCACUGUCACACGACACAGACACUGCCAUCCUUGCAACAAAAUGGUAUCUUAGACUAUGAGGUGCCUUUGAUGCAAGGACACUCACCAUCAAAUAACAAUCGAUCAUCUCUAAAGGCCUCAUAUUUCUGAAAUGAAAUAAUAUUCAAAAUUCAGUUAAGGUCUGCGUAGCGGUUUAGCAUCCUAACCAUUCAUUCCAAUCCGAGUGUGGCACUUAUUCUUUGCUUCCAAAACUGACUGGAUUGUCCAUUUCAGAGAAUGAUAAAGUAGCAAUUACAAUUGUAGCGUAUUGGAAAUGAGCUAAACCACUGCGGGACAACAAGCGGGUUGUGUUUUUUUUAAUGGGUUUGACAGUGAUGAGACCCAAAAAAGUGCAAUUGACGAGAAAAGUCCUUGCAGCAUGGACACAACCAUUGACCAUGGUUUGUUGAAUGAGAUGCAAAUCUUAUGCUGGAUUUGGAAGUGAACUGGAGGAAAUCGCAGCUAUAAAUAACAAGAAGCUAGACCGUAACUGAAAUGACUUAUUAAUACUACUUUUCAGUGUCUCCAUCACAAACUGCAAUAAGACUGAUGAUCAGAUGACGAUAAAGACAUUUUGUGGAGCUAAACUUCCAAAGCAUGCCAACUUGGAUCCUUCACUGUCAACAGAUCCAUCCAUAAUUCUACACACAUCCAUUCGCUUUUGGCUCAGUGAGAGCUAAAUUUGCUGUGAAAGAUAAAUGGAUUGAAUGAGCAGCCACCUAGUCUGCCCACAUUUUCAUAUGCCAUGACAGGAAGGCUGUUUAGUCUGGCUGAUGUCAAAUCUUUGUUUUUUGUCAUAUGUAUUUGUGCCCCAUUCAGUAUUGUCGUCAAAGCCUACCGAAAAGUCAUUAAGGAUUCAACCAUUGUAGAAAUUCCAAGGUUGGUAAACAAUGAAAAACUUGUAUCUUGGACUCAGGUAAUCAUCAAACGUGGACAAAACAAGAUGUUUUUGACUGUUUAGAUCAAGGGUGUCUUUUUUUUUUUCCCACCUUACGCUUACAGAAAAAUCAAAAGAUGUGGGGCCCCUUGUAUGUAGCAGUAUUGGGCCCACACUGAAAAAAAACCCAUAAUAUUCUCUGUAUUUUCAGAUAGGCUAAAUGCUCAUCCUGAUAUUUUAUCAUGUAUUUGAUGAGUGUCUCUGAACUGUAAAAAAAUCUGAACCAGAUAAAGUUUAAAUGGUUUACAGCAGUGUGCCAUAAGACAUGCAAAGGUUCCUUUUUAAAAAACACUCAUAAAACAUGAGGCUACAUCUUAAUUACAGAUGAAUUGCAAUUAAAGCAACAAAAAGAAGUUUCAUCAGGUUUUCCACAACACUGUCCACUCUCUGCCCGCCAUCCAUUCUUCACUACAAAGUAAACACAAGACAUAUCUGCCCCUCCAUUAACAAAUCAACUGGAAGACUUUGUGUUGUGUUGCUGGACUGCCAGCAGCUGUUUGCAACAUGCUUGCAUGUUUUGUAUUGUGUCUCCGUUUGUCAAAAAGUCAAAAUAUUUAGUUGUUUUUUUUUUUUUUUUUAUGUGUUUGCCAGAAAAUUAUGCAGACAAAAAAGGACAGUAUUAAAAAGACUCAUUUUUCUAUAAAACUGUGUCGUCUCUUAUAUGAAAAAAAUGGUAGCCAUGCUGCUUAUAACUUAUUUUAAUAAGUCAUUUCAAGGUUCUUUAAAUGUGGGUGUGUGGUGAAGUAAUGAAACUUGUACCGUUUGUUAGAUGCUACAUUAUUGCAUUUUAUUCGUUCAAACACAAAAAGUUACAAUAAUUUUGUAUAUGCUUUGUCAAUUUAUGUACUUGUAUAACCAUACUGUGGUCGACCGAUAAUACUGAAUUACUACUACAAAUAAA